UCCCACUUUAAACUAGGGGCUCACAUCACAAGGGUCGUGCAGGAUCAAAUCAUAGUGUUAAUUAUAUGGUUUAUGGUUAAUGGUUCAAUUUUUUUUUAUAGAGUUAAUGGUUCGAUAUUGGUUUGAUAAACAGUAACGAAACAGAAUCUGACCCGGUAAAUUUCCUGCGGAUCCGUAACUCGCUAACACAUGUUGCCUACACAAAAUGUCAUAAUUAUAAUUGCAUCUUAGAAUCCCGAAUCUCUCGGCCGGCUCUCUACUAACUACAGCUGUAAUCCAAACAGUAUCCAGCUCAGCUCACCACCAUAAAAAGGAACCAAAGGCCGCGCACCUCGAAAUUAAACCAAACGAAAAAGAAAAGAAAAAAAAAUGGCGGCGGUUCCUCCUCCCUUCAACGUCGUCCCAAUAGCCUACCAAGGCGGCACGUCGCUGGCCGUCCCGGACUGGCUGAACAAAGGCGACAACGCGUGGCAGAUGAUCUCCGCAACCCUCGUCGGCCUCCAGAGCGUCCCCGGUCUGGUCAUCCUGUACGGAAGCAUCGUGAAGAAGAAGUGGGCCGUGAACUCGGCCUUCAUGGCCCUCUACGCCUUCGCCGCCGUCGUCCUCUGCUGGGCCGUGUGGGCCUACAAGAUGUCCUUCGGCGACAAGCUGCUCCCCUUCUGGGGCAAAGCCGGGCCCGCGCUGGGCCAGAAGUUCCUGAUCAAGCAGGCCGCGCUGCCGGCCACCACGCACUACUACCACGACGGCAAGACGGUCGAGACGGCGAUGAUCGCGCCGUUUUACCCGAUGGCGUCGAUGGUGUGGUUCCAGUGCGUGUUCGCCGCCAUAACGCUGAUUUUGGUGGCCGGCUCGGUGCUGGGGCGGAUGAACUUCAAGGCGUGGAUGGCCUUCGUGCCGCUGUGGCUGACGUUUUCGUACACGGUGGGGGCUUUCAGCCUGUGGGGAGGCGGGUUUCUGUUCCAGUGGGGUGUUAUUGACUACUCCGGCGGGUAUGUCAUCCACUUGUCCUCUGGGAUCGCCGGCUUCACCACCGCUUUUUGGGUGGGGCCGAGAUCGAAGAAGGACAGGGAGAGGUUCCCUCCGAACAACGUGGUGCUGAUGCUGGCGGGUGCGGGCCUUCUGUGGAUGGGCUGGGCCGGGUUCAACGGCGGAGACCCGUACACCGCCAACGUGGACUCCUCGAUGGCGGUGCUGAACACCAACAUAUGCGCCGCUACGAGCCUGCUGGUGUGGACGUGGCUGGAUGUCAUCUUCUUCCACAAGCCUUCCGUCAUCGGUGCCGUCCAGGGCAUGAUCACCGGCCUCGUCUGCAUCACCCCCGGCGCCGGGGUGGUGCAAGGAUGGGCAGCGAUAGUGAUGGGGAUCGCGUCAGGUAGCAUCCCAUGGUUCACGAUGAUGAUCGUCCACAAGAGAUGGACCUUACUCCAAAAAAUAGACGACACGCUGGGCGUCUUCCACACCCACGCGGUGGCGGGGCUCCUCGGCGGCGUCCUCACGGGCCUGCUGGCGGAACCCACGCUGUGCUCCCUCUUCCUCCCCGUCACCAACUCCAGGGGAGCCUUCUACGGCGGCGGGAUCCAGGUCGUCAAGCAGCUGGUCGGCGGCGGGUUCGUCAUCGGGUGGAACGUGGUGGCCACCUCCAUCAUCUGCUACCUCAUCGGCCUCGUCGUCCCGCUCCGCAUGUCCGAGGAGCAGCUGCUCAUCGGCGACGACGCCGUGCACGGGGAGGAGGCCUACGCACUCUGGGGCGACGGCGAGGCCUACGACUCCACCAAGCACGGCGAUAAUGACGACGUGGAGAUGAGUGCCCGGGACAAGACUGCUUCCACGGGCACCACCCAGACCGUUUGAUGGGAGAAUCGUUUGCUUUUGAUUUGGGCCGGUGGUGUCUGUAUAUCUUUGGAUGGGGAAGGGGACAUUUAGUGUGUUUCAUUUGCUUUUCUGCUGUACAUUUGUUGUGCAUGCCUUGUCUUCUUUAGUUUGCUUUGGAUAUGUGUUUAGGGGCAGGGGUUUGGUGGCUAAUUAUCAUAAAUGGUCACAAAAUUAUUUACUUUGUACAGAACGGUCACGAAACUUUAAUUUUGUACGUUUCAGUAAUAUAUGUUUGGACUAAUAACAGAAAGAUAUUUCUGUCCAUCUCCAUCCAAACAACCAUUACUUCUGUCUAGUCAUCAUGCCACGUCAUUUAAAAUAAUAAUUAAAAAAUAAUGAU